CACGCCAUGGACAAGAAGCUCAACACGAACGAGAACAUCACAAUGACGGAGAUCGUUGACAUCAGCAAUAAGAUUGACAAACCUUGGGACGAGUACGUGCGCAUCUGGAUGCAGAAACUCCUCGGCAUGAACACGGAUCUGGAUACGUUGGAUUACAAGGCGUUCCGAGAUGAGCACGACCAAACGAUGGACGAGCUUAACAAGAUGACGAUUCAAUCCAUCUCGCGCGUGAUGUUUACGCAGUUCGGAUCAUCGUUGAAAUACGGGACUACGAGGGCGCAGGCGGUGGCACAGUACCAGAAGUUGUACCAUACCAAGCACGAGAAGAAUCUCUGGGUCCUCGACUGGUGCGAGAAUCCCGAAGCGGCCUACCGCAUCAUCGUUGAGGGCCUGCGCAACGAGUACGUGCCGCAAGUGGAGCAAGCAACGUCGAUGGUGGCCAUCGAGAGGAGCGUCCUCGCUGAUGAGAUUGACGACGAGACCCUGUCCGCGCUCAUCACCAAGACGAAAGCCAGCGAGCUCGUUGAGUCCGACCUUAGCGUUGCCGAGGAGAAGUACCUGAUCACGAAAGUGCAAGACCACCUCAACACUGUAAACAUGAAUGUCAUCAACGCUGGCGGCUUCAAGGGGUCCGAUCUGCUUUCCGUGUCGACGCUCGUCGCCAGUGCCAAAGAGACGAGGGUGGUCAUCACCCAGACGAACGAGGGCCACGUCGAGCUGCCGUACUGGGGCCGCGUCAUCAGCGAGGCGGCUGGGACAUCGUCAAACCCGAAGAACGUCCUGCCGAUGGAGGUCUACAUUAAGGAGCAGCGUGCUGAUGACCAUGACCAGAACGUUGAGACGGAGAAGCUGGUCUGCACGCUCUACUUGGACAGCUCAGUCAACAAGAACCCCGAUAGGAGCGACUGCUGCCACGCCUUCCUCGCAGCAGUUUUCAACGCCAAGAAGGCAGAGGCGCAGUCCAAGAAGCGCAAGGCCGAGGAUUCUGUCGUGAUGGAGGGCCUUGCGAGCCAUGAGGUCGUGUAUACCAAAGUAGACUUCGCUGUGUUCGGGAAAGAUUUGAUUGUUCAGGUGCCCUCCCUCGUGCCCGUUGGCGUCCAGCCGCCUGUGCCGUUCACCAUCGUGCGGGCCAAAGUCGCCAACGAUGACAGGGAGAGGGUGAAGCCCGCCGAGCGUGGCUCGCCCUCGAAGUCGUUCACGCACAGCUGAGGUCCAGAACCUCCAGGCGCAACCAAGCUUCACAGCGAUGGAUUCGUCAUCGCACGGGCCCCUUGCAUCAUUACAU